AUGUCCACGACUUCAUAUCCAAAUAGCCUCUAUGACUCGCCUCAGCAACAUCAGAAGAAGAAUAAGAAGAAGAGUGGGAAGAAUAAUAGUAAUAAGGGAACUCAGACGAUUCAGAGGCAAGCGCCACCUCCUCCAAUGUGGCUUCUCGAGGCGUGCGUCACCCCAGAAACCGCAAAUUCUCCAAAAUGGUUGACCGACUUUAUGCCGAUGGCCACCCAACUCCUUCUCUCCAACCGUCCCGCCUAUCUCAUUGUCCGCAAUUCAUGGAAUCCGGUGCCGUUCGAGCACUAUCCAUCUCAACCGGCUACGUGUCUUCUGACGACUUCAGAAGACGAUAAGUAUGUGUCGACCGAUGCGAAGGUUUGGACACCUCAAGAGAUUCGGGCGACGGUGGAAGACUGUGAUUUUGUGUCCGGCAACAUGUGGUUCUACAUCCCAACUGGAGCUCCUCGAAGUCCUGACGACCUCUUCGAGAACGUCAUCGCUCCGCUUCUGGAGUGGAAUCGUGCACCAACGGGAGUCGGUGAGAUCAUCGCCAGUGCUGAGGAUGCGUUGGCACUUCUAUACUGGAACGCUCCAGGAGAUGUGAUCCAUUUGGGCGCCGAGGAGUUGAAGAAAAUCGCUCGUCGCCUCGGGAUCGUUAUCGAAAACGAGGACGCGAUGGUAAUCGACUGUCUCGAGGAGGACUUCUCCGCCACCGCCACCUCACCGGAUGAUGUGGAUGAGGAGGGGCCACGUCGAAUUCCACUGUUCGACUGGUUCUGGGUGGGAAUCGCGUUGAUCGUAUUGCAGCUGGUGUACUUGGCAUCGAAAUUCGACUUCUUUCGCGACUGGUUCUCGUUCUAA